UAUCAAACCAAUCCUAUAAUAAUGAGUGAAAAGUGAAAGGCCAAACACGAACAAAUUGAGAGAUAGACGAAUUUGAUGAAGGAACCCAAUCGUCCCUUGCGCGGUUGGUUCGAUCCACACGCAUUCACUUCUUCACUCCCAUUUGUGUUCCUGUAAGCUUUUGCAGUUUCCUUCGUCUUCUUGCUCUACAAGAUGCUGUUGUAGCACUUGACGCAGUGUAUACUGUUCUUUGGAACGGCUAGCUUUUAUAGUGCCAAAAACCCGUUCCUGUUAGGACAUAUUCGAAUUGAAUCGAGGAUAGUUUCAUUUUCUGUUUCGCCGAUUUUCUAAUUGAUCUGCUGCACUUUUUGUGCUGAGUGUCGCCAUGCCUCGCAAAGUCAGUUAUGGACUCGAUUUGGACGACGACUAUUACUACGAUGAUGAUUACGACGACUAUGAUUACGACGAUGUCGAUGCAGAAGGCCAUGGAGGACCUGAUACAAAGCAAGAGACCAUCAGGCCAGGUCUUUGGCAAUGCUCCAUUUGCACUUAUGACAAUGACGAGAGUAUGGCAUUUUGUGAUAUUUGUGGUGUUUUACGAAGACCCUUGCCUAACAUUGGAACUUCCGACAGUAGCAAAAUAGCUGAAGACACACACAAAAUUCCUGGAGCAUCCAAGUUGGCCAGGUCUCUUUUUCAAUCAUUACCACAAGAGAUUCCCAAAGAGGUUAUAUUAUUUCCAAAGCUGGGUGAUGGUUUCCUGACAGAUGGCAGUAUCUUCUACAAGCUUGAGAAUGUCCGGGGAGAAUUUCAUGAAAUUCAUAAAGAUUUUAGUACUCAGAGUCAUCCACACCUAAACACAGAUCCUUUCAAGUUUGACGUUCCAUCCCCUGAUGAUGUCAUUUUUACUGGUCUACAUUCUUCCAAAGUGGGGUUGAAAGACAAUGUUACAAACAAAAAAAGUUCAAAACUUUCAUCAAGCAUCAGAGAGAUAAAUGAACUCUCUGUUCAAUCAAAUGCUGAAAGUUCAGACAACUUAUCUUCCUUAACGCAAAAGAGCAGGAAGGAUAGUUCUGCCCAGAGCAAGCUUUCAAAAAAUGUAGCAACUGGUCUGCAAGCAAGUGGUAAACCUUCAAACAGCUUGUCAGAAUCUCUACCAAAAGACAAAGCUGAAAAUAUUAAUAAAAUAAACUCUUUGAAAAGUGGUACAAUUGAUAUUCAAUUGAGCAAAGAGAAGUCUGGUAGUUUUUCUGCACUGUCAAAAGUCAAGGAAAGUGAUAAGAAUAGUUUCCCUUCUAUCAAAGAUGGAAAACCGGAAAGUAUUUCCAGCAAUUUCAACAACAUGACUGCUGAUGUAAGAUCUGGAAAUUCAGACAAUGCUAAUGCUAAGAAACCUCAUUCACGUGUUUCUUAUAAGCCAGAAAAAUGGAUGCUACCUCAACAAGCUGAAGAUACAUUGACUCAGCUGAAUCUUGCAAUUGUUGGCCAUGUUGAUUCUGGAAAAUCAACCCUAUCUGGUAGGUUACUGCACCUAUUGGGACGGAUUUCCCAGAAAGAGAUGCACAAGUACGAAAAGGAGGCCAAGUUACAGGGCAAGGGGUCUUUUGCUUAUGCUUGGGCACUUGAUGAAAGCUCUGAAGAAAGAGAAAGGGGAAUAACUAUGACCGUUGCUGUUGCUUAUUUUGACACCAAGAAAUAUCAUGUUGUUUUGCUCGACUCUCCUGGCCAUAAAGAUUUUGUCCCAAACAUGAUUUCUGGGGCAACACAAGCAGAUGCUGCAAUCCUUGUUAUAGAUGCCUCACUUGGUUCAUUUGAAGCUGGUAUGGAUGGAAACAAAGGGCAAACAAGGGAACAUGCACAACUUAUCAGAAGUUUUGGUGUUGAUCGGAUCAUAGUUGCUGUAAAUAAAAUGGAUGCUGUUGAAUACACCCAGGAUCGAUUUGAUUUUAUAAGGAAGCAUCUGGGAGCUUUUCUGCACUCAUGUGGCUUCAAAGAUUCUUCUCUAUCUUGGAUUCCUAUGAGUGCUAUGGAAAAUCAAAAUUUGGUGGCAUCCCCUUCUGACCCUCGUUUCAAAAACUGGUAUGGUGGACCUUAUCUGUUAGAUGCGAUUGACUCUCUCCAAGCUCCUACUAGAGAAUUUUCAAAACCUCUACUAAUGCCAGUAUGUGAUGUCAUCAAAUCAACUACGCUUGGACAGGUAUCUGCUUGUGGUAAACUGGAAGCAGGAGCUCUUCGGAGUGGAUCUAAGGUCUUAGUUAUGCCUUCAGCCGUAGUGGGAACAGUACGCUCAUUGGAGCGUGACUCUAAUGCCUGCACUGUUGCAAGAGCUGGAGAUAAUGUAGCUGUAACAUUGCAAGGUGUCGAUGGAAAUCAGGUGAUGGCAGGAGAUGUACUAUGCCAUCCUGACUUUCCCGUUGCAGCUGCUAGGCAUUUGGAGUUGAAAGUGCUAGUGUUGGAUGGUGCAAGUCCAAUAUUGGUGGGCACACAGUUGGAGUUUCAUAUACACCAUGCGAAGGAACCUGCGAGAGUUUCAAAAAUAUUGUCAGUACUUGAUCCCAAGACUGGUAAGGUGACCAAAAAGUCGCCUAGAUGUCUCACUGCAAAGCAAAGUGCAGUAAUUGAGGUGGUUUUGAAUGAGUCUGUCUGUGUGGUAGAGUUCUCUAGUUGUAAAGCUCUUGGAAGGGUGUCCCUAAGAUCCAUGGGAAGAACAAUUGCUGUUGGCGUUGUAACAAGAAUAAUUGAGGACGAAGGUUAAUUUAUGGCAUUCAUCAAAUAAGAUAUAAAAUGAUGAUAGCAAAGAGGGGCUCUCAACAUACCAUGUAUCUUUGUUUGCCAUCAUAGUUUAUAUUAAGUCAUGCUCUCAGCAGCUAUACAACCCUCGAUGAGGUUCAUGGGUUAAUAUGUGAAUUAUUUAAGAAUGGUGAAGUUUUGUGUUGUGUUUUCACCAUAUUUGUACCAUAGAAACUAGUCGAACGAAGAGAUAGAAGAGUAUGUAUCAGAUGCAAUUUAUUUAAUUCAUAAUGCGUAGAUUGAUCUGCA